AUGACUAGCAACAAUCAAAGCAACAGCUUAAAUCAUCAGCACCUGCACUCUCCAUCUAAGUUAACCGAAUUUGCUCGUAACUUCGAAGACAAGCCGGAGUCGCUCUUCGGACGAGUUGUAAACAAGAUCCAGAAUGUGUACAACCAGAGCUACAAUACCGUCAAUGAUAUAUCCAGCGGGAGCAGCAGCAAUGCCUCCUCGCAGACCGUUCAAGUGGUGGGAAAGUCACAGUUUUUCAGUGAAAACCAGACACCGAACGUUGAGGUCGGUACCGAUGUGGAAACCUCUAGCGUGAGCUCGGGUCGUCCACAGCCACCCACCACUCUCAGCCUAAGGACCAAUAGUGAGUCGCAAAGCACAGGCACUUCCAGCAACACAGCCGCCGAGGAUUCCGAGGCCAGUGAACGUGUCGAGGCGCUGCCAGUGCCAAUCAGCGAAGCGAAUCAGGGGCGCACAGUUUCUAACGUGCUAAAGCAUAUCAGCAAUAUUGUGGCAACAAAAAACAAUAAUGAUCUGCGUAACUAUAAGGACACAGAGCUGCAGCGCUUUUGGAUGCCCGAUUCGAAGGCCAAGGAAUGCUACGACUGCUCCCAGAAGUUUUCCACGUUCCGUAGAAAACACCACUGCAGGCUGUGCGGCCAGAUAUUCUGUUCCAAGUGCUGCAAUCAGGUGGUUCCAGGCAUGAUCAUCCGCUGUGAUGGCGAUCUCAAGGUGUGCAAUUACUGCUCAAAGAUAGUGCUCACUUUCCUGAAGUCCUCCAGCUCUGAUAUGGGACAGGACCUGCAAGCACUGCAACAGCACUUGAGCAACAAACUUGAGGUCCAAGACAGUGGCACACCGCAUGCACAGAAUCCCCAGCUGCAGAGACCACCACUUUCGCGAAAGACAUCUGUUGGAUACCAGGAGGAGAGAUUCAGCUCACAUCCAACUUAUACCACCCUUUCCAUAGACGAUCGCAAGAACAUUCUGCAGCAGUCAAACUCUUUGAUCACCCUGCACGAGGAAAUGCAGCGGGAGCUCCCUGCUCAGAACUGUGGUCAGAGUUUGAUCGAAUUCCUUAACAGCAAUAAUAAAUCAGCAAACGAGGUGCAGGCGGUAGCCAUUCUGAAUGCAAUGCUGGCUGCUGGUUUCCUUGAACCAAUCGUACCCGAUCCCGAGCAGAUGGAGUUCGACCCAACGCUACACUACAAAUUUUCAAAGAGCACCAGUUCCGAUACGUCCCGCACAAUGAGCCCCCAGUUUGAAGCAGCUCCUCAUGCAGAACCACAGCCGCCCAAGUCGAUGGAUCAAUCAGCAGAAGAGAAGGAAAAGGAGCUAGAAAACGAACUUGAAAAUGAUCGCUGCUUUACCACAGCCACUUCUAAACUUCUGGCAUCCUACUGCGAGCACGAAGAGCAGCUGCUGGCACAAAUGUUGAGCGCCAAUAACUUAGACCAGGAAUGGGACAAGGUACUCCAGAUGCUUUGUUCCACGGCAGCAAACCACUUCAAGCCGGAGCACUGCAGUAAUGAUCUAAUGGAUAUCCGCAACUAUGUGAACUUUAAAAAGGUGCCGGGUGGCAGACGCAAGGACUCUAAAAUUGUGCAUGGAGUGGCUUUCUCAAAGAAUGUCGCACACAAAGAUAUGGCCACUCAUGUGCCCUUUCCCCGUAUCCUCUUGCUACAGUGCCCCAUUGUUUAUGAGCGUAUAGAGGGCAAGUUUGUGACAAUCGAGACAGUUUUGUUGCAGGAGAAAGAGUACCUCCGCAACGUCUGUGCUCGCAUCAUGAGCUUCACGCCCAACAUUGUGCUUGUUCAUAAAAAUGUGGCAGGCAUUGCCCAAGAUCUUCUGAGAUCCUAUGGAGUAACCCUAGUCUUGGAUGUGAAACUUUCAGUGAUGGAGCGUCUGUCACGUACUUUACAGUGCGACAUUGUCAGUUCUAUUGAGUCGAAUAUAACCAUGCCCAAACUUGGCCAGUGUAAUGAUUUUUACAUAAAAAACUAUAAUGGAAAAACUCUGAUGUUCUUUGAGAAGCUAACCAAUCCACGCGGAUACACAUGUCUCCUAAGGGGAGGCAGCAAUGCAGAACUCACCAGGGUCAAGAGAGUGGCAUCGGCACUACUUUUUGCUCGUUAUAAUUGGCGCUUGGAGAUGUCUUUCCUGCUGAACGAGUUCGCCCAACCGCUUAGUCCAAAGCCUUCGAUAUUCGACUCCAAGGAAACGAGCCCUAAAACGGAAACGGAGGCAGAGCUUCGGGCUAAGCGACCAGUUAUUGUGGAACGCAAAUCUGAGGAUAAAAUCACCACGAUUAUCAGCGAGAAUGUGUCUGAUUUUACGGAUCCAUUGCGUGCGACACAAACCGAAGCCCUAUCCACCUCGCCUUGUGCUCCUCCCGUGGUUGUGGCACUUGCUGUGGAACCGCGAUACGACAACAGAUUCCGCACAGCACUAAGUUCCACGCUGCUCUCUGUCAGUCCCUUCUUGACAUUCCCACUUCCUUAUUUGGAAACUGAGCAGGGAAGGAAAUGCAAGCUGCGCAAGCUCUUUCCCGCCGAGCUGUACUUCUCCAAGCAAUGGUCACGUACGGGAUUGGAGAGGCCAGAUAGCAUGGGAGACAGCGAAUCUACCAAAUCGGAGCCAGGAAACAAAGAGAACCAGCAAAUGCAGUUACUUCCAGCUCAUGAUUUUGUGCAGAUGAAGAUGACGGCACCUGCUAGCAGUCGCGAUAUUCAAUCAAAGUUGGCUGAAUUCCGCUCUUUUGGCGGUCGCUUACCCAAGGUCAAAGGUCCUAUGCUCAGGCCAAAGAAAAAGAACGCGGAAGUCAUUCAGCGACCGCAAAAGGUCAGUGAGGAACAGCUGUAUAAGGAUGCCCUGGAUCCCCAAAACCAUCAGCGCCUACCGGUGCUCUUCUGCAGCUUCCACUACAAUCCCAAGGGCGUUUCGUCUUUCUGCAAGUUACCCAUGAUGCUGGACAUGAAGUUUUACGGCCAAUAUGACAUCAUGCUGGAACAGUUUCUUCAGCGUUACUGCUGCCUUUUUAACUCGAUGUGUCCGUCCUGUAAUCUACCAAUGCUGGGUCAUGUACGUCGUUAUGUCCACUCGCUGGGAUGUGUCCAUGUCUACUUGACUGAGGACUUAACACGUUCCGACCCGAAGCGUAUAUACUUCACCUCAUGGUGCAGUAUAUGUAAUGCUACGACACCCACGAUUCCACUCGCCGAUUCCGCUAAGUGCCUUUCGUUGGCCAAGUACCUGGAGAUGCGAUUCCAUGGCCAUGCCUACAAGCGGCGAACUCCUCCGGCGGACGCAGAACAGAAUGCCAGUCCAUGCGAGCACUCUUUACAUCGGGAUUAUGUACACCACUUCAGUUUCCGGGGAGUGGGUGCCAAGUUCCAGUAUACGCCUGUUGAGGUUUGGGAAACGGAUCUUCCAUCAUUGACUUUACAACUGGAUCUGCCACCACCGUUUCCAAGCUCCCAAGCCCAGGAGGAGAUCAAGAACUUCUCGGUGCGGGGUCAUGAGGUGUACAACAGAAUUCAUGAGCGUAUUGCUGACCUUGCCACCGAGGAGGAGAACUCGCCACUGGUGCAGCAACUGAAAACCAUGCUCACUAACGACCAAUUUAUCUUUAAGCAAAAGAUUGAAAUCGUACACACGCUGCUCACAGACAGCAGAGCAACUGCUUUUGACACCGGUGAUGCCCUGGCCAUGGCGAGAAGAGCUCUGGCAGAAAGCAUUGAGUUGUGGGGUCCUCGCUUGCAAGAGAUUGAGAAGUUGACCGCGAAGCAAGCCCAUCACAUUGACUCUGGAACCAUCUGCACAGAGGAAUUAAGGCCGGAACAGGUUCAGCCUGUUGAUUCCUUAAAAGCUACUAGUUCCAAUUUGCCAAAAGAUAGUGAUCCCUUGGAGUGUCCAAGCGAGGAUACAGAAGUUAAUACAUCGACAAGUCAAACAGUAUUGGAGAAGAAAUUCUCUAUUGACCAGUUACUAGCCUCUACGGUAAACGUUUACUCGGAUAAGAAGUCCAUAAGGAAGAUUCUUACCCAGCUGCUGCCCUCGGCAAACCAAGUUAACCCGUUACAGUCACCUUUUCCCGCGCAGGAUCAUCUGACGCUUCCGAUGGGCAGUAUUCCCAUUCACGUAAGAGAAACUGAUUUAAGUUCAGUAAUUGCUUAUAGUUUGACCUCUGCGGAUUAUCAAAAAGCGAUUGAUGAGGCGGAGGCCAACAUUAAUACGGCCUCUGCCUCUGCUGCUCAUUCAAGUCCGCAGUUAAAGCGAAAGAUACCAUUGGCGGAGAGCACUAGCGAUGCCGAAGACAGUCCCAGCCUUUCGCGCACUUCAAGCAAUACCAGUGCCGCUCCCAGUGUGACAGUUCCUCCCCCAGUAGCCGCGGCAUCCGAGUCUGAGGAGAAGGCCAAGGAGCGCACAAAGCAACCACCGAGUCCUCAUAUCACACUUGCGUUCCAGGACCACAGCUGCCACUUCCAGUGUAAGAUAUACUUCGCCCGGGAAUUUGAUGCAAUGCGGUCAAAAAGCUUAAAGCCUCCGAAGCAGGACAAAUCUCUAUACCGCCGGUUGGAGAAGAGUAAGAUGCGCGAGGAGCUUAGAAUCUCACAGAGUCGUACUGGAUCCGAAAUGGAGCUGGUGCGCAAACCCAGCGACGUUGGAGGUCCUCGAAAUAUUGAAGAGGAUUCCAAUCUGGAAGAGGACGCCAGAAUCGCCUUAGCGCGAAGUCUUUGCAAAAGUAUUCAAUGGGAGGCCAGAGGCGGUAAAUCAGGAUCCCGCUUUUGCAAAACGCUUGACGAUCGAUUUGUGCUCAAGGAAAUGAACUCAAAAGACAUGACCAUCUUUGAGCCAUUUGCUCCGAAAUAUUUUGAGUACAUUGACAGGUGCCAGCAGCAGCAACUGCCAACAUUGCUGGCCAAGAUCUUUGGCGUCUUCAAAGUCAGCGUGAAGAAAAAGGAUUCUUCUGUGGAGCGUUCGGUAAUGGUCAUGGAGAACCUGUUUUACGGCUGCGAAAUUGAAAAUAAAUUUGAUCUUAAGGGCUCGGAGAGAAACCGCUUGGUGGAUCCCAGCAACCAGCAAGGCGAAAUUGUCCUGCUAGAUGAAAAUCUGGUACAAAUGUCCUGGUCAAAGCCUUUGUAUGUGCUGUCUCACAGUAAAACAAUUCUUAGGGAUGCCAUCCAGCGGGAUUCCUCUUUUCUGGAGAGAAAUCUUGUCAUGGAUUACUCUUUGUUGGUCGGCUUGGACAAGAAAAACAAUGUCCUGGUGUUGGGAAUCAUAGAUUACAUCCGCACAUUCACCCUGGACAAAAGAGUAGAAUCCAUUAUUAAGGGAUCAGGCAUCUUGGGCGGCAAGGGCAAGGAUCCCACUGUGGUCAAUCCAGAGCGCUAUAAGCAACGCUUUAUCGACGCAAUGGAUCGCUAUUUCCUCACAGUUCCGGAUCGGUGGGAGGGCCUUUCUAAGGUCUAAUCGCCUUCACCCACCCACACACACACACAAAGUGCACACAUUAGUUAACAUAACAUAGCUAUAGACGCAAUAAAGUAGACGCCAAUCCAACUCAA